AUGGACGCCGAAUCUGCAUUAUCACGGGGCUGCAUCAAUGCCAUCUUUAACGAUCCCGACCAGGCGGCGAAGCUCUUUCCCGUCCCGGUGAUGCAAUGCCUACAGAUCAAGCAGAUGGGGCCCUCAGGCCAAGGCGGCGACCGAUGGCGACUUGUCAUGAGCGAUGGCAAUAAUUACGUCCAGACUAUGCUGGCUACCGCAGCUAACCACAUCAUUCACGAUGGCAAGCUUGAGAGGGGCUGCAUAGCUCGAGUGAAGAAGUACCAACCGAAUAUCCUGAAGGGAAAGCACAUCCUGAUUAUUCUGGAGAUUGAAGUUAUCGAGUCUCUUGGACUGCACGACAAGAUUGGCAACCCGGUGGUCCACGAACCCAAAGCCGCUGAUGCUACGAUCGAUGGAAACGACUUUUAUGGUGCCAAAAAGGAGGAAAUGGAUACCAAGCCUCAGAUGCAGCAGCACCAGCCGGCGCCGUCACGGUCAGCUACACAUGCUGGUGCUAACAUUUACCCCAUCGAGGCUCUUUCGCCCUUCUCCCACAAAUGGACAAUCAAGGCCCGCGUAACAUUCAAAUCAGAUAUCAAGACAUGGCAUAAGCCAACGGGAGAGGGAAAGCUUUUUAGCGUCAAUUUUCUUGAUGAGAGUGGCGAGAUUAAGGCUACUGGCUUCAAUGACCAGUGCGACGCCUUUUAUGACCUCCUUCAAGAGGGCUCUGUCUACUACGUCUCUACCCCCUGUCGAGUUGCGCUGGCAAAGAAGCAGUUCAGCAACCUGCCAAACGACUACGAGCUCACCUUUGAGCGAGAGACAGUCAUCGAGAAGGCAGAAGAUCAGACCAACGUGCCUCAGCUAAGGUUUAACUUUUGCUCUAUCCAAGAGCUACAGAGCGUGGAAAAGGACAGCACCGUUGAUGUGAUUGGUGUGUUGAAGGAGGUUGCUGAAGUCAGCGAAAUCACAUCAAAGAAGGACGGACGACCCUUCCAGAAACGUGAAUUGACCUUGGUAGAUGAUACCGGCUACUCUGUGCGUGUCACCAUUUGGGGCAAGACAGCAAGCGCCUUUGACACCAACCCAGAGUCAGUGGUUGCUUUCAAGGGCACCAAGGUAUCAGACUUUGGUGGCAAGAGCCUGAGCCUUCUCUCGUCAGGAACCAUGACCGUCAACCCUGAUAUCCCCGACGCCUAUCGCCUCAAGGGCUGGUACGAUUCGGCUGGUCGAACUGAUACCUUUGCUACUCACCAGAAUCUUGCUGGUGUAGCUGGCGCAACAGGCCGAAAGGAGGAUAUCAAGACAAUUUCCCAGGUCAAAGACGAGAACCUUGGCGUGGACGACCAAGCAUACUAUACAAUCAAGGCUACCAUUGUAUUCGUGAAGCAGGACAGUUUUUGCUAUCCUGCUUGCUCCACCCAGGGAUGCAAUAAAAAAGUCACUAGUAUGCCCGAUGGCACAUGGCACUGCGAAAAGUGCAAUGUAUCACACGACAGGCCUGACUACCGCUACAUCCUGAACCUCAACGUGGCUGACCACACGAGCCACCAGUGGCUUAGCUGCUUCGACGAUACCGGCAGGAUAAUAGUGGGCAUGUCUGCCAACGAGCUGAUGGAGCUCAAAGAGAAUGACGAUGCCAAGUUCAUGGCGGCUUUCGAGGCUGUAAACUGCAAGAAGCUGACUUUCAGGUGCAGAGCCAAGCUGGACCACUUUGGCGAUACUCAAAGGGUGCGAUACCAAGUGUUGAGCGCGGCACUGAUGGAUUAUAAGACAGAGGGCGACAAGCUAGUAGAGUUGAUCAAGCAGUUCAACAUUUAA